AUGAUUGAAACCCAACGGCUGCGUCUCAAGAAUUACGUGGCGCGCCUAAUCCACGGUUGCAACAACAUUAGACCGCUCAAUCAAAUUCAUUCCCAUAUUAUAGUAUCGCCAAAUUUAUCAGCAGAUGAUCGAUCUUUUCUCAUCUCUCGCCUCUUCUUCUACCUUUGCACAGCGUCCGAGUCACCGGCAUCUCUCAAAUACGUCAACAAAUUUUUCAAUCUCUUUGCGAAACCGAGUCUUUAUAUCUACAACGCGCUGAUCAGAGCGAAUGCAACGAAAAUAAAAGAUUCCACAUCAUGUGAGUGCUUGACUUUGUAUAAGGAGAUGAUGGCCGGCGGUUUGGUGCCUGAUUGCAUAACACUCCCCUUUCUGCUUAAGGAAUGCUCCAAGAGAUUUGAUGGGCCCACGGGCCGGGCCAUACAUGUGCACGCUGUCAAGUUUGGGUAUGAAGGGGAUGUUUACGUGCAGAAUGCUCUCAUAAAUUUAUACUCAGAGUGUGGAGUUUUGGAAGAUGCGAGAAAGGUGUUUGAUGAAAUGCCCAACAGAGACGUGGUUUCGUGGAAUUCGAUGAUUGUUGGGUGUUUGAGGAAUGUGGAGGUUGAUUUAGCUUUGCAGCUGUUUAAGGAAAUGAAGGAGAGGAAAAAUAUCAUCACUUGGAAUUCGGUCAUCACAGGUUUGGUUCAAGGCGGAAGGGCGAAGGAGGCUCUAGACAUUUUUCAUGAAAUGCAGAACUCAGGCGAUGAAAAGAAGGCGGUACAGCCGGAUAAAAUAACUGUGGCGAGUGCACUUUCCGCGUGUGCUUCUCUUGGUGCCAUUGAUCAUGGAAAGUGGGUUCAUAGUUACUUGGAAAGAAGUGGGAUUGAAUGUGAUAUGGUGAUUGGGACAGCUUUGGUAGACAUGUAUGGGAAAUGUGGUUAUGUUAAGAGGGCAUUGGAGGUUUUCAAUGGGAUGCGCAGUAAGGAUGUGUUAGCAUGGACGGCCAUGAUUUCAGUUCUAGCGCUUAACGGGUAUGGAAACGAGGCUUUUGAGGUAUUCAAAGAGAUGGAAGCAGUUGGAGUGAGGCCGAAUGCUGUAACAUUUGUAGGAUUGUUAUCUGCCUGUGCUCACUCCGGCCUUGUGGAGAAAGGUCGUCAGUGCUUUGAUGCAAUGAAGCGUGAUUACCAUAUAGAGCCGCAAGUGGAGCACUAUGCUUGCUUGAUUGAUAUACUUGGUCGAGCCGGGCUUUUCACUGAGGCAGAAAAUGUUAUUAAUAGCAUGCCAAUGAGGCCGGAUGCUUUUGUUUGGGGUGCUCUACUUGGAGCUUGUCAACUGCAUGGAGUCGUUCGUCUCGGAGAAAAAGUAGCGAGAUACUUGAUUGACUUGGAACCUCACAAUCAUGCAUACUAUAUUAUUUUGUGUGAUUUAUACGCCAAGGCUGGUAGAUUUGAUGAUCAGAAAAGAAUUAGAUCUAUGAUGAAAGGACUAAAUGUGAGGAAGACAGUUCCUGGCUCCAGCAUGAUUGAAGUUGAUGGCUUUGUCUAUGAAUUCUCUGUUAAGGGAUCGCCUGAGAUGCCAAUCGCGGCCUUACAGAGUGUGCUGCUGCUUUUAAGCAAUGAGAUGAAGAGAGACGGGCAUAGUAAGAGCAUGGAAUGA